UCCAGGCAAUGGCCAGAGCUGGGGAAGUGAAUAUGGCUAACGUCCUGUAGUUUUCAGGAGAUUAUUUAGGAUCCAGAGCAGCUGUCAAGGUGGACUUCGUGGGAGAGAUGAAAACCUCCUGGAACUGUCUGUCGUGUUUUAUUCUCUCCAUUUCUUUGUGUGGAUCUAUGCAUUUCCACUCUUAAAGCUGAGAAGCAAGAGGAGUUAUCUCUUGCACUGAGCUCAGUUCAAAACGGAAAUUGCAAGACUCUAUAUCUGCUCGUCAGCUUCUGAUGAUCCUCUGAUAUAGAGGUAAAGCGAGAGGAGGACCUCUGGAUGAAUCAAGGAAAAACUUGCUGGGGCAUACUCACACAAGCCCUGCUUUUUUUGAGCUGUGAUUUGUAGAAUAUUUUUUUCUUUUUCUUUUAUUCCCUAAAUUCUUCUGGAUUGGCUUUUUUAUGUUUUUGUCUGCAGUGAUUCCAAAUUUGGUUCUCACACCAGCAGAGGCAGAGAUGCUGUAAGGUUGUGCUUGGAUUUGGACUUCCUUUCAGAGGAUUUUCUUUUCACCUGAUCAGCGGUCCUUCGGUGUUUGAAUACAUUCUCUUCUGCCCUCCCACUUCUCUGCAGUCCUUUUUUUUCCUUAUUGACCACAGUGAUUUGGUCAGUGAUUUUAUUGCAACUUCAUCAGACACACAGUUUUUGAGGUUGGAUUUACAUCCUACAGACUGAACAGUGUUGCACUCUUCAUUGGAUCCUCAGACUUUACGCCUCUGUGUGACAGACAAUCAAAAUCCAAGAUGCAGGUGUCAUUAGUGUGCACGGACCAUCGCGGGGGGGUGAGCCGCACCACCGAGGACAGGCUAAACCGACAGAACGCUAACAGCCCCAACACAGGCACCCGCAGCAAGUUCAGAGCUGUAGCUAUGGUGGCUCGCAGUCUCGGACAACUCUCUGUUCAGAGUGUGCCUUCCUCCAGCGAGCAAAGCAUGAAGACUGGCAUGAAGUAUCGAAACCUUGGGAAGUCGGGCCUGCGGGUGUCCUGCCUUGGAUUAGGAACAUGGGUGACUUUUGGCGGACAGAUAACAGAUGAGAUGGCAGAGCAGCUGAUGACUCUGGCGUAUGAAAAUGGCAUCAAUCUGUUUGACACAGCAGAGGUUUACGCUGCUGGAAAGGCAGAGGUGGUGCUCGGAAACAUCAUAAAGAAAAAAGGAUGGAGACGUUCAAGUCUGGUGAUAACAACAAAGAUCUUCUGGGGUGGAAAAGCUGAGACUGAAAGAGGUUUAUCCCGAAAACACAUUAUAGAAGGUUUAAAAGCUUCUCUAGAAAGACUGCAAUUAGACUAUGUGGACGUGGUGUUUGCAAAUAGACCGGACCCUAAUACACCCAUGGAAGAAACAGUUCGAGCAAUGACCCAUGUGAUAAAUCAAGGCAUGGCCAUGUACUGGGGAACAUCCCGCUGGAGUCCAAUGGAAAUAAUGGAAGCAUACUCUGUGGCGCGACAGUUCAACCAGAUUCCUCCCAUCUGUGAGCAGGCUGAGUACCACAUGUUUCAGAGAGAGAAGGUGGAGGUGCAGCUACCUGAGCUCUUCCAUAAGAUAGGUGUGGGGGCAAUGACAUGGUCACCACUGGCCUGUGGGAUCAUCUCAGGGAAAUACGACGGCAGGGUGCCUCCCUACUCUCGGGCCUCUCUGAAGGGCUACCAGUGGUUGAAGGACAAGAUCUUGAGCGAGGAGGGCCGGCGUCAGCAGGCGAAGUUGAAAGAGCUGCAGGCAAUCGCGGAGCGGCUGGGCUGCACUCUGCCCCAACUCGCCAUCGCGUGGUGCCUACGGAACGAGGGAGUGAGCUCAGUCCUUCUAGGGGCGUCCAGCACCGACCAGCUGAUGGAGAACAUAGGAGCGAUACAGGUUCUUCCAAAGUUGUCAUCCUCCAUCACACAUGAGGUGGACAGCAUCCUGGGGAACAAGCCGUACAGUAAAAAGGACUAUCGCUCUUAACACGAAGCACAGCCCCGCCCGGCAGGGCUGCACCCGGGCUGCAGCAGCGCCCCACCUUUGCCUGAUCCUCUGUUUGCUUGAGCUUUUACUAAGUGAGACCCUGGCGCAUGAGUCUGGCCACACCAAGGCCACGCAGGGCACCUCAUUUAGAGUUACAGGGAUAAGAUAAGAAAAAGGGGGAAAAAAUACAGUCACCUCCACAGGAAAUGAAGGGAUUCACAUAGAAAGACAAGUGGAUGAGAGAUAUUCGGGAUAUGCGCUCAUACCUAAAUCAGUUAUACAUUCAAUUCAGCUGAACGUAUUUUAAAACCAUAGAGAAAAAUUACUUUUUAAAAAAAAAUAAGCACACGCUUGCUUGGCAGCCAGAAUUCUUUUUUGUUUGUUUUUCCAAAGAUGAAUGCAACUAAACAGAAGUUGAAGUUCCUACUGUAUGGAUAUACAAGAACUACUCUGUUGCACAUGUACCAUUUUUUCCCUGGACGUUCUAUUUACAAACCGUGUCCAUCAAGGUUUCUCUGAAAGAAGAGCUGUGUGUGUGUUGUUGUCCACAUGAUCAGUAUUGGAGCCUUUCUGUGGGCUUUAACAAUCAGCACUUUAGUAUUGUCAGUAUAGGUGCUGGAGGGGAGUUACAGGAGGGGAGAGGAUGGGUACAGUAUUUUUAUCACACAACCACUGCACUAUUAGAUUUUGCAUCACCUCCUGAUAAUUCCCUCUCCUCAACCUCCCUCUGUGUCUUCACUGGCAGUGCAUCUGUCCAGCCUGAUGCUCUGACACUCCUGCUGUCGAGGAGCGGUGAUGGAGUCCUGCGUUCGACAGGGGCGACUGGGAGGACGAGGGGUUAACAACUGCACUCUGCCCGAGAGGCUCCUCCUCCGUCCUGACCAGUGAACUGUUCAUGAUAAGGAGUCAGGAGCGAGGCUGCUGUGUGCGGGCGACUGCCACUGAAGAGAUUAGCUAUUUAUUCACCCCGAACAGUAGGAACUGCAGUCAUCAUAAAUCAAAUGCAGUGUCCUGCUUCACUGUGUUACCCAACCUCUGCUCUGCUUUGUUCAGGCUGAGGAUUUACUGUACAGGAAGUGAUCAUAUCAGCGCUGGCUCCACAUCACGUGGAAACUUCUCCUUGAUCAAAUUCUGUUCAAGUAUUUUUGCCUUAUUUUACAGUUGCAUCAGACUGUGCUGUGGGCUUCAGUGUAGACGAGCAGCUUGACAGCUGUCCCGUUUGGACGACUGGUCUCAUGUCCCCAGUAUUUAGGGCAACGCUAACUUGUAGAAGUGGCGUUGGUUUUCCAGGGCGUGGUCGUGUUUCCAGUUAAUCAGCCAGUGGCAGCAGCUCCAGGAACAGAGCAGGUGGUUGUAAUCGUGCGUUGCCAUGCACAUGGUCCGAAGGUUGUAUUUACUCGUCUGUCUUUCUUUCGUUUGUCGACACUGGGCAGGACCAGUGACAUUUGAGCGUGGCUUCAGCCAAAGAUCUUCUUCUUUUCUCUUUACGACACACCUGAGUGUUUCACUCUCGCUUCCUGAAAGAUUAUAGAACUCACCUUGACGCAUGUGCUGUCCAGUUUGUUAUCUAUCUAUGGUAUGGACUUAACUCCAUGUAUAUCUUUACUUGACCAUGCUGUUGCUAGUUAACAAAGGUCCUUCAUAUACAGAAUGCAUAGUACCGCUAAAAGCUUUAGGAUAGUAAGGUAUGUUUCAAGCGACGUACGACUUGAGACGUGUUAGAAGUAUUACUACAGAAUUUGAUGCCACCCUGUAUCAUUCUUUCUCCUCUGGGUGCUCUCUUACUGUGAUUAAAGCACAAGUGGAUAGCAUGUGACACAUCCUCGAAGCAUGGACUCUCUUCACCUCGUCGACAAUAACCUACGGGAGAAGCAAGGUGAAGCUCCGCCCCUUACUAACACGUGUCGAUAACAGAUCUUUACUAACAGCUGAAACUAUUGAUCCUUAGAAGAAAAAUACAGAUAAAGAAAACUCAUCAGUACGAAUGAUAUGAGUGAGAUGAAGAUGCUUCUCAGUUUAAGUGGAGGGAAUAAAUAAUAAGUGUGGGUGAUGAUUUACAGCCUCUGGUUUUUAACAAGAGCAAAGUGACUUCAUGUCUCUACUGUUGAUCGUGUGCGUGCGUGUGUCAGGUAGGGGGAGGGGGACAAUUAAACGAAUCCCUUGCUACAGCCUGUUGUAUUAGUUGAUCCCUGUAUACGUUUGACGUGUCUCGUAUGUCUGAGUUUGUUUAACUGGCGUGAGCCGAUGCUGUUUUCUCUGAAGAGGAAAAAAACAAAAAACAAAAGCAAAGAACAUUUAGUUCAUUAGUCUGUGAAAUUCCUGUGUCUUAAUAUUAUCAUCUGCAGGGAGUCGAGAGGAAGAUAGAGACUUUAAGGCGACGUUCCAUAAUUCGGGAAAAAUGCUUAUUUGCUACAGAAGAAGAUUGAAACUACUGUCUUGUCUGCCCAAUAGACAUGAAGCUACAGCAAAAAUAUAAAGCUAAGGAAAUGGUUCCGUCCACAGCCGACAAUCUUCCAGGUUUUGAGCAGUUGACUGAUGAACCGCUACAGUCUGCAGUGUGAAGGUCACCUUGUGAUGGGCUCACUGCUAUGACCACAAGUUGAACUACCCGCGUGCUAGCCUGUAUUACAGGUGAGCAAUAAACAAAAGUCUGUUUCAAUCCAAUUCCAACCUCUGUGAUACCAGGCCUGGGAAAAAGUUUUUAUUACAAGCACCUAAUGUGUCAUGUAGGAAAGAAUCAUUUUUUACAAUUCAUGAGCUGAAAACAUUAUUUACAGGGAAUUGAUCUAGUGAACACCACCGUUUGGCCUAUUGUACUAUUCUUUGAUCAUUAUGAAAUGAUAGUUUAUUUUUUAAUUGGUAAAUAAUAAACAUGCUUUUUUUUGCUUUUUAAGAUGGACACAUUUCAGAAGAAAAUUUAAGGUGGAACUUUGAUACAUUAGAUUAUGGGAAUCAUUUAUUUCAGUUUCAAUAUCAGGUGAAUUAGAAUUUUAGAAGAGACUGUUUUCAACUAGGAUGAAUCUCCGCCACGGCCCAACAAUCAAUCAAACCACACUAAAUUUCACACAUUCAUAGAAAUUAGUUCCCAAAAUUUGCCUGAUUUAUUUAAUCAAGAUCAAUGAAUAAUUCUCUGGGAAAACAAUGAAAAUGUUGAAAAAUCUCACAAUGUGUCUGCACCAAAAUUCCUUGGGUUCUUCGCUGCCUCACAUCCUUCCCUCGACAUUCGGCUGAUUGUGUUGCCUUUGGACAGAAACAGCCAGCUUUAUUUGUUAUUAUCGUUAUUAUCUGUUAGCUGUUAGCUAUGGUUCUUAUUGGCAGAAAAUGAUGUUAUCAAUCUUCUGGAUAAGACGACCUAUAAGCAAACUUCCCAAACUGUGGAACUUCCCCUUUAAAUAAAAUUGCUGUGCAUUAGUUUGACCAUCAGUGUUAUUUCACGCUGUGCUGACCUGCCCAGCAAAGAUCCCGAGAUAACUGCUAAUGUUUGGAGUGUGUUCAGAGGACGUCAUGCUUUAAGUGGCCCUAGUUUAACAUUGUUGAAGACUAGUUCAGAAAUGAAGCCACAGCUGGAUAGAGCUUAUUUUACAGAAGGUCAAAGGUUAUACAGAGAAUAUAUUUUUUAUGUUUUUGCCUUUAAUGCAGUAGAGACAAACUUAAAGAACAGUUUUUAUUUUUGUUUUCAUCAUGCUGCAUUUUUCCUAUCUGUAUUGUAUCGAUUUUAGGACUGACAAAAAGAAGCAAUUUCUUUGUGUUGUGUAUGCAUUAUGAGAAAUGCUCUGAAGACGACGUAGUGAGCGACUGGUAUCUCCUGUACAUAGUUUGACCUUUGUAUAUAUAUAUUUCUGGUUGUGAUCACCUUUGCCUUUUUCUCUUUUAUUUUUUAUUUUGUUUUGCAGGCGUUGCUAUCUGCACUGUGCUUGAAUCUGAAAUUUAGACAGGAUGUACAGCUUCAAUCUUCAAUGAAAAUGAAAUAAUGAUAAAAUAAGAAUGAGAAACAAACCGUCAUGUGUCUGUCUUUAUUUGGCAUUCGUGUGUUAAAAAGAAUAAACCUGAUUGUGGGUUGUUCACUGGACUGUGUUUGUCAGAGAUGCAGAAUCUCAAUUAAACAGUGGAAAACAAAAAAAUGUGAUUUAAGUUUGACGAAUAUUCAACUGUUAAAUAUAAAUAUGAAGCAACUUAUACACAAAAUCAAUUCAAAUGAAAUUAUUUCAACAUUGAGAGCGAGCUGUGUAAAUAAAGUGAUUUCUAUUUAAAAUCCAGGAAUGUGCUUGACUGAUAUUUUUUUAUUAAACAUCUGGAGAUAAAGCAAUUAGUUACUUCAUUAAACUGGCAGGUUUUAUAAGAUGGUUGCAUCAUAUCCAGCAAUGUCGCCCAUUUUCUUACAAAAUUAAGAGAUUAUUUUAUAUACAAGUACCCAGUGAAGGUAGUUAAUGGACAAAGGUAAAAUAAAAAUAUCAAAAGUGCAGUAAAAACAAACUGCUGCACUCUGAGGAUGAUGUUUUUAUGCCUCUGCACCCAUGACAGCCAGUGGAAGGAGGUAUUGCUUUUUCUUUUUCGUCUGCCCAUUCUUGUUAACAUAUCUCAAGAAUACCUCAAGAUCAUUUCUUCCUUUUUUGAACAAACAUUCAGUUUGACUCAAAGAUGAACUGAUUAGAUUUUGGUGAUCAAAUGUCAAGGUCACUGUGACCUUUUUGCCUUGUUAACAUAUCUGAGGAACCCCUUGGGGAAGUUUUUUCCAAUGGAUUAAAUUGUUCAUUUAGACUCAUCGAUGAACUGAUAAGAAUUUAAUGGUCAAAGUCUCUGUGGCCUCACAAAACCAUUUUUUGGCCUCUUGAACAUGAUUUCUCUGAUCUGAUUUUUGGGGCUUUCUUCAAAACAUUUUGACCAGUUGUCACUUGGACACAAAGAUGAACUUGGACACAAAGAUGAACCUCAUAUGAAUCUGGAAAAAAAGUAUUUAGACUGAAACUACACUGGUUGGCGGAGGCAUACAAUCACAGGGUGGUACUAGUUUGGGAGUAGUAUUUCUAGUUUGGAAGUAGUUCUCCUCCUGAAGACUGAAAGUGUUUUCAUUUUACGGUGACGUUCCACUUUGAGUUCAAGAAGAUCACUGGAGACAGGUCAGGCUCACGCCACAGAGUCGAUCAGUUCAAAGGUCACUUUGGUACCAAAAUACAAAAAAUGAAGUAGCUCGGGUCCAAACGUGGAACUGCAGUUCUCAUCAGAGAGUCUAUUUCCAUGAAGAUCCUCCAGCUGCUACGACUCCUUUCACGAGCGUUCACUCACUCCAGUAAAAAAAAAAAAAAAAAA